AAGAUCUUUUGUCGCCUCCGAUUCCUCGGUGGCACUUGGUUCAUUCUUUUCCGAUUCGAAUGGAUUCCGAUGCUUUCAUUUUCCCCGUUGGUCUCUCGAUCGAUUCUUGGAGCUGAGUUCCGUCGUUGUUUCACAAAGAAUGAAUCUUUCGGUUGGAUUGCAUCCGUGACGCGUUGUUCUUAACAAAAUUAUUCUCUUUUGGAGUUCUGAUUUUUGCCUCGUUGCUUCAUUUCUAAUUUCGACGGCAUUCGCCCCUUUAUUUUUGGUUGUAGCUUGAACAAGAAAAGCAUUUUAUUUAGCUACGGAGAUCUAUGUUUUCCCAUAUAUUGUGAAUGUUGGUCGUUUGGGCCUUUGAUGGUUUUUGUCCCUCAUAAAUCCUCGUCUUGUUCUUGCUUCGGUCUGUAUAAUCUUUUGUCAGUUUUCUCCAAUUUCUGUAAUAAAUUCUUUUGGCUUGUAACAUGCAAUAAGGAUAUUCCAAUUACUUACCAUUUAUACGAAAAUUGCGAGGCUUAUAACGGUGUAAUGUUAGAUUGCUUAAGAAUGAUUAAGGAAUUAGGAUUGUUUAUUAUGCUUAUAUAUAGGCUGAUCAACUCUCUUGUUACAGAACAGGUUAUCUUCCAUUUAGCUCUGGUUGUUUGCUACAGCUUGAUGCAUGUUAAAACCAACCAUUUUACUUCAGUUUGCUUGCAAUUAGCAUAAACUCUUUGAACUUUCUUAUAAUUACUUUACAAAGACUACAGAGAUGUAUCUGUUGAGAAAGAUUCCAUCUACUGCCACUUUGGUUACCCCAGAUUCCUGGAAAGUAAAUGUUCUAACAAUACGUAAUUAUGCUUUGAUUUCCAUCCAUCAUUGUGGUUCAGUGACUUGGGAACGUAUGUCAAGACGACUUCAUUGAUCAAGAUUUGUGGACACAAAUAUGACCACAGGUAAUAUAAGAAAAUUGAAGGAUUUGUUGCUUAAAAGUGACAACCGCAACUGUGCUGAUUGUGGUGCCACAGAUCCGAAGUGGGCGUCAGCCAAUAUCGGGGUAUUUAUAUGCUUAAAAUGUAGUGGUGUGCACAGAAGCCUUGGCACUCAUAUUUCAAAGGUUCUGUCAGUGACAUUAGAUGAAUGGUCUGACGAGGAAAUCAACUCUAUGAUAGAGGUUGGUGGAAACUCUUAUGCCAAUGCAAUAUAUGAGGCUUUUCUUCCUAAGGGAUUUUCCAAGCCUAAACCGGACUCCAGUCAUCAGGAAAGAACAAAAUUCAUUAGGUCGAAGUAUCAGUUGCAAGAAUUUUUGAAACCAAGCCUACGUAUUGUUUCUUCGAAAGGGUCUUUCACGUCCUGUGAUUCUGGAAAGGAUACUGACAGUAUUUCUCCUUCAGAAAGUUCAACGAGUAUUUCUCAGGCAGGGAUGGUAGAAUUCAUUGGCAUACUGAACGUUAAAGUGAUAAGAGGAACUAAUUUAGCAGUUAGAGAUAUGCUAACUAGUGAUCCCUAUGUUGUUUUAAUUCUUGGACAGCAGAAGGCUCAGACAGCUGUUAUUAAGAGCAACCUGAAUCCAGUUUGGAAUGAGGAGCUUAAGUUAUCAGUUCCUCAAAACUAUGGAGCCCUGAAAGUGCAAGUAUAUGAUCACGACCUUAUCUCUUCCGAUGACAUAAUGGGUGAAGCUGAGGUGGAUCUCCAACCGAUGAUCACAUCUGCUACAGCAUUUGGCGACCCCGACUUGCUUUCCGACAUGCAAAUUGGGAAGUGGCUGCUGUCAAAUGACAAUGCCCUCAUCAGAGAUAGCGUCAUCAAUGUUGUUGAUGGAAAGGUCAAACAAGAGGUGUCAUUGAAGCUACAAAAUGUAGAAUGUGGAGAGCUUGACCUAGAAUUGAGAUGGAUUCCCUUGAUCCAGUAAAUCACUGGUGUUUUCAUGACCGGCUUCCUGUAAUGCAGCCCUUAUCCGCGCUGCAAAUUUGUUGAUCUUGUUGUCCAUGCACAUUGAACUGCAUAUGCAGGGAUUGUUUCUUCUGAUUUAAUGAUCAUA